CCGGCGGCCCCGCACAUGCGCAGUAUCGAGGAAGCGGCGGCGGCCGCCCUGCCGGUUGGCCGCGGUCGCGCCUUCUGCGCAUGUGCUGUCGGGACAGACGGGCGGUCCGGCCCCGCCCCUUCCACACCGCGCCUGCGCCAUGCCGCCUCCGCGUCUGCGCACUGCGGCCCCCGCGCCUGCGCAGUGGGCGGGAUGUCGAGCCGCGGGAAGCGGGAGCGGGAGGCCCGGGCGGCCCCGCGGGGCCCGGGCGGCGGCGGGUCCUCCUCCUCCUCCUCCUCCUCCUCAUCGCGGGGCUCGUCGCGGAGCCGCCGGGAGGGGGAGGCGGAGCGUUCCCGGGGGCGGCGGGAGGCGGAGCGGGACCGCGGGCGGCGGGAGGCGGCGGAGCCGGGCCUGGCCCUCCCGCUGCCGGUGGAUCCCGCCCGUAUCAAGCGGGAACCGGGCACCGGGUCCUGGGGGGGCUCCGCUACCCCCGCCGGCCCCGUGCGGGUCAAGCGUGAGCGUGAGCCUGAUGGUGACUCCGAUCCGGAGCCCGAACCCACCGUGCGCUAUGGCCGUUUCGACCCCGAGGACCAGCGCAGCCGGCACUGCCCCUACCUGGACACCAUCAACAAGAGUGUCCUGGAUUUUGAUUUCGAGAAGCUCUGCUCCAUCUCGCUGUCCCACAUCAAUGUCUACGCCUGCCUCGUCUGUGGGAAGUACUUCCAGGGCCGCGGGCUGAAGUCUCACGCCUACAUCCACAGCGUCCAGUUCAGCCACCAUGUCUUCCUCAACCUCCACACCCUCAAGUUUUACUGCCUCCCUGAUAACUACGAGAUCAUCGACUCCUCGCUGGAGGACAUCACGUACGUGCUGAAGCCCACCUUCACUGCGCAGCAGAUCACCAACCUGGACAAGCAGGCCAAGCUCUCCCGUGCAUACGACGGCACCACGUACCUGCCCGGCAUCGUGGGGCUCAACAACAUCAAAGCCAACGACUACGCCAACGCUGUCCUCCAGGCUUUAUCCAACGUUCCACCAUUGAGGAAUUAUUUUUUGGAGGAGGAGAACUACAAGAGCAUCCAGCGCCCGCCCGGUGACAUCAUGUUCCUGCUGGUGCAGCGCUUCGGGGAGCUGAUGCGGAAGCUGUGGAACCCCCGGAACUUCAAAGCGCAUGUCUCGCCCCACGAGAUGCUGCAGGCCGUGGUCCUCUGCAGCAAGAAGAACUUCCAGAUCACCAAGCAAGGCGACGGGGUGGACUUCCUCUCCUGGUUCUUGAACGCGCUGCACUCGGCCCUGGGCGGCACGAAGAAGAAGAAGAAAACCAUCGUCACCGAUGUCUUCCAGGGCUCCAUGCGCAUUUUCACCAAAAAACUGCCUCACCCGGAUCUGCCGGCCGAGGAGAAGGCGCAGCUUCUGCAGAACACCGAGUACCAGGAGAUGAUGGUGGAAUCCACCUUCAUGUACCUGACGUUGGACCUUCCCACCGCCCCGCUCUACAAGGAUGAGAAGGAGCAGCUCAUCAUCCCCCAGGUCCCCCUCUUCAGCAUCUUGGCCAAAUUCAACGGCGCCACCGAGAAGGAGUACAAGACCUACAAGGAGAACUUUCUCAAGCGCUUCCAGCUCACCAAGCUGCCUCCCUACCUCAUCUUCUGCAUCAAGCGCUUCACGAAGAACAACUUCUUCGUGGAGAAAAACCCCACCAUCGUCAACUUCCCCAUCACGAACGUGGACCUGCGGGAGUACCUGUCGGAGGAGGUGCAGGCGGCACACACCAACACUACCUACGACCUCAUUGCCAACAUCGUGCACGACGGGAAACCCUCCGAGGGCUCUUACCGCAUCCACGUGCUGCACCACGGCACCGGGAAGUGGUACGAGCUGCAGGACCUGCAGGUGACCGACAUCUUGCCGCAGAUGAUCACCCUCUCGGAGGCGUACAUCCAGAUCUGGAAGCGGCGCGAGGAGGACGAGACGAACCAACAAGGCGCCUGAGCCCCUUGGGGACACCCGCAACCUCCCCUGGGGGUGCCCGUUCCCCCCUCGGGGGCACCCACAGCCCCCCUAAGAGCACCCAUAGCCCCCCCGGAGGCACCCACAGCCCUCCCCGCCCCCGAUUAAAGGCCACCCCAUGUAUUUUUGUAA